UAUGCGAAUAAAUAAGUCAGUUUAGAGCCAUUUCGAGAUCACGCAAUUACGAUCACAGUCUUUGCUUGCGUUCAAUAUAAUCUAUUGCAUCGAUCAUAAGUAAGACGUUUCAGUUUUCCCACAUUACUUACAAGAAAGGGUAUUUGCUUGCUAUAAGAAAAUAGAUCUUCCUCCUUUGCGUUUACUUACAUACCGUUGCAACUUUAGUCUGAUAAUUUAUAAUAAAAAUUGAAUAUUCUUUGAAGACACAGACCAAUUUUCGAAACAGACGACGCCGAACAAAAGAAAAACGCGGUAUAGAAGCGUGGCAAUAAAGUAUUUACCCUAUGAAGUAACCACCAGCACCUGAAUUUUCUUGGAAAUGUGCAGUUGAAAUAGAAAUGGUAACCAAUUGGGCAGCAGACGUAAUUGAGCGAUUAUAGCAGAAUAAAAGAUAAACCGAAAAUAGAUAUACAAUUUGUUAGUAUGUUGGAAGAAGGAAAGGGAAGAUAUUCACGAUUACGUGGAAUUACUUGUCGAUCCUCAUUUUGUAAGGAUGAAAGAGUCGUCGGAUGAAGAUUUCGCUUACGCGAUGGCUCCGCUGAAAAUCAUGUCGUGGCCUGUAGGAACCUGGCCUCCUCAAGUGUACGAUAUCUUCUCCGCUAUACGUGCUAUAAUCGCGAUUCUACUUCUGCUACUCAUGCUGAUUAUCGUGCAAAUGGAGUUGUAUUUAGACAGUAGCGACGCCAAGAAGAAUCUAGACGCUCUACUAUUAAUUACCUGCGGCAUUUUGGCGUUAUCAAAGAUCAUACGUUUUCGCAUUCAGCCUGAUGGCCUUAUUUCGAAUUUUGUCUCGGCGGUUAAAGAUUAUAACGAACUAAAAGACCAAGAGAAACGAGUGAUAAUGCGAAAACACGCUUAUAUGGGUAGACUGGUGUCUGCUAGUGUGAUAUUUUCUUCGUGCAUCGGCUCGACUCUUUACUUGGCUAUCCCUAUGCUAUCUGGAGAUGAAGAAAAAGAUAUAGUUAACGUAACGAAAGGAAGUAUAAUGGAUUACCCUAUACCUUCCGAAUGUGUAAUGGCCCUUAUACAAUUGCCGGAUAAUUUGUUCUUUAUGGUUUUUAUCAUAGAGUACUUGAUGCUGUUGUUCACGAGCACUGGAAAUCUAGGAAGCGAUACGUUGUUCUUCGGUAUUAUUUUUCACCUGUGCGGUCAGGUAGAAAUUCUGAGAUUAGAGUUCAAUAGACUAGGUAACAAGAACGAAAGAACAAUGGAACGUUUCAUCGUGUUAAUCAAGAGACACAUUUAUUUAUUGAACCUAGCCCACAUGCUCAACGAGACAAUUAGCUCUAUCUUGGUUAUGCAACUAUUCUCGAGCUGUGUGCUUAUUUGUACAACCGGAUUUCAACUUAUUCUCGAUCUGAGCAUCGGAAACAUAGUCAUGACGAUGAAAGGAUUUAUAGUUCUGAACGCUAUGUUGGUGCAACUAUUUGCAUACAGUUAUGUGGGCGAUUAUUUAACGCGCCAAAUGAAAGGUAUCAGCGACUCGAUAUAUUUUUGCAACUGGUACGAUAUAUCGAAAAGUAUGGCAAAAGAUCUUAUUUACGUUAUUAUGAGAGCUCAAUAUCCAGUGUUCUUGAAGGCUGGCAAUUUCUUUAUCGUCAAUAUGGAAACGUAUAUGAGUAUUCUGAAAACUUCUAUGUCGUAUCUUUCAGUCCUUCGAGUAAUGGUAAAUGCUUGA